GAGGUUGGACUCUCACGUGCAGGCGUUGCCAGGACUCCCUUGGCUCCUGCAGUCUUUUAGUGGAGGGGCUGGUCCUCUGGGAGGACCGUGCAGACAGAAUCGGUAACCAUGCCAUGCUGAGCCAUAUUGGAGCGUGAGGCCAAAGGAAACACUAGUAAUACACACCGUAUGACUUCAGGUAGCCAGAUGGGGAACGAUAUUCUUGGUACUGAGCCAGAUAAUGCAAAGAUGAGAAGAUGAAAAGAGCCUCUGGUUAAGGUGAGACUGGAGAGUUUUUUCUUCCAGUCAUGAAGCAGUAAUUAUCCUUACUCAAAACAUUGCCAAUUAAGAUGGGACCACAAGCCAAGGCCUAAAAGAAAUUCCCAGACCCUGAUUGUCAGUAAAGAAAAACUGGAUCCGUAUCAUUGACCCUACACACUUUAGUUAACUGAAGCCUUGUGCUCCCUGAUUUAUUAAUUAUGAGAUCGAGGAGGGUAUCAUUUUUAUAGCUUAAGACGUUUUACCUUGACCCCACAAAAAUAUUCUUUGUUGGAAGACGGUGACGGUUAUCUAUCUCAAUAUCAAAGUCCACAGUAGUCUCUAUUAGUCUGUCAGUAAUGGACUUUAAUGGAUUCUCUUUUAGAGCCCCCGUCUCUAUCCAUAGGUUAAAGUCCAUGACACCAUUGCACUUGUGCCUUGUAACAUACGGGGAAAACAAAAGAGAAUGAAAACGCACUUAGCUAGCCAGUGGUGCCUGAGCAUCUAGGUAAGAAUUGAGAUGCUGAUACCUAAUAUAUUGGUUAAAGAGCUGUUCGUGACAUUUGCUAUUGGUUUGUGGUGCUGGGAAUGAUAACUUGGUCCCCAGUAAAGAGCACCAGUUGAAAGUGUGUUCCGUUGUUUUAAUUAGGCAGUUCUUCAGUCAUCAUGGGUAUCCGAGGACUAAUGAGUUUUGUAGAAGAUCAUAGUAAUGAGUUCUUCACUGAUUUGAAAGUGCGGGACACAAAAAUUGUCAUUGACGGCUAUGCUCUCUUCCACCGGCUUUGCUUCAACUCAAACUUGGAACUUCGAUAUGGAGGGGACUAUGACUCUUUUGCAGAUGUUGUACAAAAAUUCUUUGAAUCACUGUUUGCUUGUAAUAUCUGUCCAUAUGUUGUGUUAGACGGAGGAUGUGACAUUUCAGAUAAAAAGCUUAAAACUUUAAAGGAUCGAGCCAGAGAGAAGAUCCAGAUGGCUCAUUCCCUUUCUGUUGGUGGGGGUGGGUAUGUGUGUCCCUUACUCAUCCGGGAAGUAUUCAUACAGGUUUUAAUCAAGCUACAGGUGUGUUUUGUCCAGUGCUUUUCAGAAGCAGAUCGGGACAUUAUGACACUGGCUAAUCAUUGGAAUUGCCCUGUGUUAUCGUCAGAUAGUGACUUUUGCAUUUUUGACCUAAAAACUGGGUUUUGCCCACUGAAUAGCUUUCAGUGGAGAAAUGUGAACACUAUCAAAGGCACACGAGACUGCUAUAUCCCUGCCAAAUGCUUUUCCAUUGACGCGCUCUGCCGUCACUUCAGCAAUAUGAAUAAAGCUCUCUUACCUCUCUUUGCGGUGCUGUGUGGAAAUGAUCAUAUCAAUCUACCCAUCAUGGACACAUUCUUAAGUAAAGUCCGUCUGCCUCUUGGAGCUACCAGUUCAAAGGGGAGGAGACACCACCGAGUUUUGGGACUUCUGAAUUGGUUAUCUCAUUUUGCCAACCCUACCGAAGCACUAGAUAACGUUCUGAAAUAUCUCCCAAAAAAGGAUCGAGAAAAUGUGAAGGAAAUUCUCUGCUGUUCCAUGGAAGAAUACCAGCAAUCCCAGGUGAAGUUGCAGGACUUCUUCCAGUAUGGUACUUAUGCCUGUCCUGCCGCCUUGAAUCUGGAUUUACCAGAAUGGGUAUUAGGGGCAUUGGCCAAAGGCCAGCUAUCUCCUUUCAUCAGCGACGCUUUGGUGCUAAGACGGACCAUUCUGCACACACAGGUGGAAAAUAUGCAGCAACCAAAUGCCCACAGGAUAUCUCUGCCCAUCCGUCAAAUCAUCUAUGGGCUUCUUUUGAAUGCUUCCCCACAUCUGGAAAAUGUGUCCUGGAAUGCGUUGCCUUCUCAGCCUCCAGCUUUCAGCGAAGUGGAAAGGAUUAAUAAAAAUAUCAAGACAUCAAUUGUUAAUGCAGUAGAACUGCCCAAGGAUUAUUCUGACUUAAGCAAAUUGACUGAGCUCUCCUUGGCCAAAAGGCAGAUACUUCUGUUAGAAACCCUGAAGGUGAAACAGACCAUCCUGGAGCCAAUCCCUUCUUCAUUGAAGUUGCUCGUUUCAGUCAGUUGCUACUGGUUGCAGCACACAGAGGCCAAGGCAAAGCUACAUCACCUGCAGGCCUUACUGCUAGGGAUGCUGAUGGGGCCUUUGCAUGUCAUAAUCAACAGCCCUGGAAUUGUGGACCCUGCACCCAGGCAGGCUCAGUGCCUUGCUGCUCGCUAAUGGGUAAAAGAUAAGGAAGAUCUGCGGGAGGAUGGUGCUAGGAUGUUGUAUGAAGAGUUCCAGAGAGUGAAGGAGCAGACACGGCCGGGCACGAGACUGGACUUAGACACAGCUCACAUCUUCUGUCAGUGGCAGUGCUGUCUGCAGAUGGGGAUGUAUCUCAAUCAGCUGCUGUCCGCUCCUCUCCCGGAACCAGACCUAACUC